AUGAGUGAAUCAAUAGUAAAAGAAUUAUUUUCAAGUGUAAUAGGAAUCGGAAUAUUAUCAACAAUUAUCUACUUUAUUUAUGAUGCCUAUUGCCGAUCAAUUAAACCUUCUAAUUAUAUGUUAGCUGCAGAAUUAUUGGGAUUGAAAGGUUGUAAAAGAAUUAAUCGACAUUCAAAAAACCAACAAGAAGCUCUACUAAAACAAUUUCAAUUAGCAGGUUAUUUUAAGUUGACAAAUGUAUGGCAUGAUUUAAAUUGUAUCGGUGGUAUAGACAAUCUAGAAAAAGCAUUUGAAGAGUUAUCUAUCGUAAUUAAAAAGUCUAACGCAGAUGGAAAUGAUCCAAAUAAAUUUAAUUCAAAAUAUAUGCGUAAAAAUUUAUUUAAGAGUGAUACACUUGAUUUACAAGACAGUAUGGAUUUGAUAUUGUACAUGGCACAACAUGCGUUUACUCGUCAAGUCGGACAAGAACGGUAUGAACUUGUUUCAUAUGAUUGGAUUAAUACGUAUGCAGAGAAUUAUCGUAGAGAAGCAAGAGUCUUACGUUUGAUCGAUCGUGAAUAUCCCACAUUGGACCAAUAUGAUGGUAGUUGGAUUGCAGGAGCAUCUCGCAUUGGAUUAGCACAACGAAUUAUAGAUUUUAACUACUACAUAGUUUCUAGAAAUAUAAAAAUAAACGGUGAAACUCUAGUUUUAGCUGGUCAUCGUGAAUUAUGGGCUAAUAUCGACGGAAUUUCUCCUACAGUAAGUGAAAAAUUAUUAGAAGCGUCUCAAAAAAAUCUUGACAUUGAUACUAUAGAUUUUUCGUCGUCUACAGAUGAUAAUUCUGUUCGUAUUAAUGAAGGUAAAAUAUAUAUGAAGCGUUUAGCUCAAUUUUAUAACAUUAAAUUGAAUUCAUUAGAACCUUUUAUUGAAUAUAAAACCAAAGAUGAAUGUCCAUCAGGCCGUUUUCCUGACAGAGUCUAUGCUAAUUAUGAUAAGAAUGAAACAUCAAAAUUAACUGAAACUCUUCUGUCUCAUGAUUUAUUAAAAACUUAUCUAAAUUAUAGUGAUAAUAAAAUAUGCAUUAUUGAUACUUUAUCAGAAGAACUAGUUCGACCAAAUACGGCAUCCACUGCUCGAGAUGCAGCCGAAAGGCUUGUAACACGUAUUAUUGCUGGUGAUUACUAUGAAAAGAAAAGAUUCGUUAUUUUACUUACAUCAAAUAAUCCUUACAUAGAACGUCAAACUCUAGUCACUCAGCAAGAGGUGAAUAACGUAUUAGAAACCCAUGGUUUACAUGAAAAAGGUUAUACUAUUCAAAUUGAAGGCGUUGGUUCUAGUUGUAAACAAAAUCUAACAAUUGUGCAUUCAGAACUUGGCGCACUAAUGACAGAGAGAUGGAAAAUUGCAACUGAAAAUAAUGAAAAAUUUCAUAAUAAAAAGCCGAAACGAGAUAUUAAGAAUUUAUUAUUUCAAACUCGUAAUAACAAUUCUACUGUAGCACCUCAGCCGAGCGUUAAGACAUUUAAGCGUGAUCUUCUAAAAGAUUGGUUAGAUUUAUACUUAAUGUAA